UAAAUUGGCUAACACACGAGACUUCUUUCUUUCGUAAUUUUCUUUAGUAUAUGCUACUUUUGUUUGAAGCGUGAAAUUUCAUUUUCAACGAACGAGCGGAAAUUAAUUAAAUUAAAUUAUUAGACUGAAAAAUAGUAUUCCAUUUUGAAAGGGAAAGAAAGCUGAAGUGAAUCUCGAAAUUGCAAGAAACUAGGACGAUGAAAGCAGCUUCAUCUUUGUUGUUCCUAUUUCUGUGUUUCUCGUACGUAUUUGCUUUCAUUCCACCUCGUAAUCUUCUUCUCAGUAACUUGUCUCAAGGCAAAUUCCUCACCAAUCAAGAGUUCUGGUUCAAUCAAACUCUCGAUCACUUCUCUCCCUAUGAUCACCGUGAAUUCAGGCAACGUUACUAUGAAUUCCUAGACUAUUUCCGGAUUCCUAAUGGACCAAUUUUUCUGGUGAUAGGUGGUGAAGGACCGUGCAAUGGGAUUGUAAAUGACUAUAUUGCUGUACUGGCAAAGAAGUUUGGUGCGGCUGUAGUUUCUCUUGAACAUCGCUAUUAUGGGCUGAGUACCCCAUUUGAUUCUUUGGCAACGGAAAAUUUGAAAUAUCUUUCAUCCAAGCAGGCACUCUUUGAUUUGGCUGCUUUUCGCCAGUAUUAUCAGGAUUCUUUAAAUGCAAAGCUGAAUAGAACAGAAGUUGAAAAUCCAUGGUUCUUUUUCGGUGGCUCAUAUGCUGGAGCACUCAGUGCAUGGUUCCGUCUUAAGUUUCCCCAUUUAACAUGCGGAAGUCUUGCAAGUUCUGCAGUUGUUCUUGCUGUUCAAGACUUCACAGAAUUUGAUCAACAGAUCGGUGAGUCGGCCGGUGCUGAGUGCAAAGCGGCAUUACAAGAAACUACUCAAAUCAUUGAAACAAAACUCGCAACUGAUGGAAAGGCGCUGAGGGCAUUUUUUAAUGCAGAUGAUCUUGAAAUUGAUGGAGACUUCUUGUAUUUUCUGGCUGAUGCUGCUGUUAUAGCGUUUCAAUAUGGAAAUCCAGAUAAAUUAUGCAAGCCUCUGGUCGAAGCAAAGAAGGCCGGGGACGACUUGGUGGAUGCUUAUGCCAAAUAUGUCAAACAGUACUACGUCGAAAGCUUUGGCGUCAAUGUACAAACUUAUGACCAGAAAUAUUUGAAAAAAACUGCAAUCAAUGAAGACUCUUCAUCUCGAUUAUGGUGGUUUCAAGUUUGCACUGAAGUGGCUUAUUUUCAGGUGGCUCCCUCAAAUGACAGCAUACGUUCCUCAAAAGUUGACACAAAAUACCAUUUGGACCUUUGCGAAAAUGUCUUUGGAGAUGGCGUCUUUCCUGAUGUCGAUGCCACUAAUUUAUACUAUGGAGGCACAAAAAUUGCUGGUUCAAAAAUAAUAUUUUCAAACGGCUCACAAGAUCCAUGGCGUCACGCUUCCAAACAAAGUCCAUCCCCUGAUAUGCCUUCUUACCUUAUCACGUGUAAUAAUUGCGGCCAUUGUACCGAUUUGCGAGGAUGUCCUCAAUCUCCUUUGGUCAUUGAAGGUAAUGAGAAGAACUGCAGUUCCCCUGAUGCAGUUCACAAAGUAAGGCAAAAGAUUCAAGAACAUAUGGACUUAUGGCUAUCUGAGUGCAUUGACGAAGGCAGGAGUUUUAUAUGAUUAAUUGCAUAUGAGGUGCAUGAUACAAUCACUUAUGACUCCAUGAAAUAUAUCGCACUUUGUAUUAACUGAAAUAUAUCACAAUUUGUAUUAACUGAAAUAUAUCACAAUUUGUAUUAACUGAACAAUCCUAAGACAGAACAUACGUGUAAAACAGAAUGCCUUUCCUAAGACAUUUCUUGUACUUAAUGCACGCUGAUUUCACUCCUUCCAUUUAAUGUCAUUAGUAACCCCUUUGCCUCA